AGAUGGCCAAAGGACUUUUUACGCCAAUGGCAGGUCCUCCUGACCCACAGGCUGUGACGAUGGCUUCUGACUUAGUCACUUGAUACAUCUUGAUACCGAGACCUCCCUGGGCUCCAGUUGAAACCGCCCCGCAGGUCCCAACCGCCCGUUGGAUUCGACCCGUGCAGCUCGCCGGCGAGCUGCGCGUCCCACGUCCUCGUCCUCGAUGAUGCGCAUCGCAUGAGCCGUGAGACGCCGUGAGACGCCGUGAGAGAACCAUGCGCCCCGCAGAUGGAGUCGGAGGCCGUCCGCCUCCCACGUUGCUGGGCUCCACGGCGGGGAUCGCGUCCAAGGCCAAGGCGACGAGGUGGCAAGAGGCGCUGCACAUCUUUGCACUCAUGUCGGAAGCCAAGCUGCAACAAGAUGUGAUCAGCUUGAGUGCGGCCAUCAGUGCAUAUGAGAAGGGCAGCCGCUGGCGAGACUCGCUAUGGUUCUUUCAGGCGAUGAGCAGCUGGGGACUUCUGCCCAAUGUCGUUGCCUUCAACACGGCAAUGAGCUCGUGUGACAAGGGCAACCGUUGGCCUUCAGCCUUGAGUCUUUCGCAGGUCAUGCAACUCAGCGGAGUAGAAGCGACGGUCAUCAGCUUCUCCGUUUUGGUCAGCGCGUCCUCCACGUCCAGCUGGCGGAAGGCCUUUUCGUGCCUGUUCGAGGUCAUUCAGUCGACGAUGAGGCCCAACGUGAUCACCUUCAAUGCUGCCAUCAGCUCAUGUGAGAAGGCCUUGAAGUGGCCUUCAGUUUUGGGCGCGUUGGAGUUCAUGAGUGGCUUCGAGGCUUUGCCAGAUGUCAUCAGCUUGAACGCAGCAAUGAGUGCUUGUGAAAAGGCUGGACAAGAUCUAAUGGCAUUGCACUUGUUCAGGUCGAUACCCACCCGGCUGCUGAAGCCCAAUGUGAUCAGCUUCAGUGCAGUCAUGAGUGCCUGCGAGAAGACGCGUCAGUGGCAGCAGGCGUUGAUCUUGUUCCAGGACAUGUUGGCAGCCAAGAUCCAGCCCGACAUCAUCAGCUAUGGGGCCAUCAUCAGUUGCUGCGAGAAGGGCGGAAAGUGGCAGUAUGCCUUGAGCCUUUUUGACCACAUGCUCCAAUCAGCCAUCCGCCCCAGCAUCAUCAGUUUGAGUGCAGCCACCAGCGCUUGCGAGAACUCGGGGUGUUGGCGAGAGGCACUGCAGCUCUUUCAGAUAGCCUUAGAGUCCCAUCUCCGCGUCGAUGUGAUCAUUCUCAGCGCAGCGAUCAGUUCCUGCGAGAAGGGGUGCGAAUGGCAGCAAGCACUGGUUCUUGUUGAGUCCAUGUCAAGCCUGGAAGUGCAACCCAAUGUCAUCAGCUUCAAUGCUGCACUGGGCGCUUGUGAGAGAGCAGGCCAAUGGCAAAAGGCCCUAAGGCUCUUCGAAGACAUCGCGGCUUUUGCUCUUGAGCCCACCAUCCUCAGCCUCGAGACCGCCACCCGCGCAGUAGAGCAGAGCUCCGCGCUGUGCGGCCGUGCGGCCUUGGCCCAAUGGCUGGACGAGUCUGAAAGACACUUCGUGCAGCUCUUGGCGGCCUGAGCGUGUGGGAAAGCGACGCCGGUUGAGUCAACGUCGGAUCAACGGUAGGCUCAGGUGGACCGUUGAUGAAUAAAGCCGCU